AUGUCAUGGCAUUAUUCCAGAGAAAGAAUUACCCACUCGGGUGAAUCAGAGGGAAAGGGGCUGAACCCGAGUAUAUUAUUAAACUUAAGAACUAGUCGAUUGCUAAGGGGAGAAGCUGACCUGGAUUACCAAGAUAAAUACGAUCCCCUAAAUGACAAAAUUAUGCAGAUAGCAGACGAUAAUGAUUACACUUCCGAAAGGAGAUUAAAAUCCAUGAUGAAAGAUAAUGAAUUUAACACACAAUUCAAUACAACGAAUUCCAAUGAAAGUGUUCAAAAGUGGGACAAUUCUCAUGAUUCCUAUGAAAGUUUCCCUAAUCAUGAUGAGGUGUUUGAUUCAUCUAGAAGUAUUGAUAAUAGUGACGAAUCAUCUGUUGAGAUUAAUUAUCACGACGAAAAUGAUUUAGAUGCGGAAGAUGAAAGGGGAAUAUAUAAUACACUGAAGAAUAAUGUACCUCAUUAUAUUCAAGUAAUAUACACCAUAGUCCUAUUCAAUAUGUUUGCAGUGGUUACCGUAAUAGCAACACUUAUUAUUAUACCAUUUCUUCCCUUCCUCGCGUUAUUCCUGUACCUUUUUUACAAAUGCAAUAAUUGCAAAUACUUGACUGUAUUAUUCGAAUCAUGUAUAUUCUCAGGAAAACGUCAUCUAGGAUGA